UUUAUCGCAGCGGAAGAUGAUGUCCCGCCACUCCCAUGGAUAGAAAAAGUUUAAGUAGCUCGAUAGCAUUUAUUCUGGAAAAGAGCUUGAUGCCCUCGGCAACGGAGCACUCAGUACAGUUUUAGCGAUUUGUGGAAGAUCUUUAAGUAAAGCGGGCAAGUUUUGUGAUUUUUCACGACACUCUUACUACAAGUCUAUAGGAAAAACAUCUUCAGAAAUUCGCGAAGAACACUUGAUACGUUCAAAAAUAUCGCUUUAAAAACGAAAAGAUCCAAUGUACAGUGCGGGCGCUUGGAACAGCAACAGUGAUGGGGAGGACGAUAAGAAUCGCUUGUUCAGGCAGGCCGUGAAAGCCUUCGACCGGGAGAAGAAGCCUCUGGCCCCGGGCGCGGUCGUGUUAACCUCGCGGAACACCACGAAAGCGGACCUAGACGAGGAUGAGCCCCGGUGGCGGCGGACGACCCCGCCGCUGCUGGAGCAGUCCAGCAGCGGGGGCGGGAAGAAGGGCGCGGUCACGCUGAAGCGGGCCCCGGGCGGGGGCGGGGGGAAUGCGAGCGGGGGCGGAACAAGUAGGACGGUGCAGCUGCUGGGAAACAACAACAAUACGUCGAAUAACAGCAACAAGGAAGGCGGCAGUGCCAGCAAUAAUCCCGUGAUUCUACGGGAAAACGCGGACUAUCUCCGGGACCGCGGGGCGGACCGGGAAAACUCGGCGAGUGGCGACGCGAACGGAAGGUAUGAGAAUUGUCUGGCUCUGAGUUCUGGACGAGAAUUGGAUCACGUAGAAGCAUACUCACGUAGUUGCUCUGCAUGUGAAGAUUGAUUUGCAUGAUGUUGACAGCUGUGAAAUAUUCAGGCAUGAGGACGUAGUACGUUUACAUUUAAUACCAAAUUCCUCACGACUGGAACUGAUAUGCAAAAAAAUCAGGGUGACCCUGGUGCCUGCGAUCCACAUCCGGCAGCAGAACGAACAGGAAGACAACAAGCAGCAAAAGGUCGUGCUCCUCUCGAAGCGGGACCGCAUGGCGCGCAUCUCGAACGACAAGCGUGUGUCCCCGAAUCUGAGCAACGACAUGCACCCGGCGGUGAAUCUGCGCCGGGCGGUGACCUCCUCUCCGGAGGAGGAUUUCCAGCGACUCCGCGCCGGCGGCAUUCCGACGUUGAUUACCCGCGGGCCGAGCCGCGGGGGCACGCCGCUGAAACGGGAGGGAGUAGAGCGUGAAGUAGGAACAACAAAUACGACGAUCGUAACACGACGAGGUGCUGGGGGUGGUACCACAACUGGGAACAAGGAUAGUAGAAACAGCGGGUUCAUCCUCUCGCCCAAUCCGAAUGGUGCUGCGCGGCGGGCGGCGGAGCGAGAGCAGCGGGAGUUGAAGAAUCAUUUGAACUUGAAGACGAGUAGGGACAUUGAAGACCACAGGAGCGAUAUGAAAAGGAAAAAUCCCCCCUCCCCAUAUCAAAACGAAGUUUCUGAUGCUGGAUUUGCGUACACAGAUGAGAUUUGUCUUGCUGGAGAGGACUGCAGACCCAUAUCAAGCCUGAGUAGAGAGGUUUUGACCUAGGCGCCUAGCACUACAAAUGUCCACACCAUAGGCCCAACAGCAUGACAAACCGCCUGCAUAAUGCGGUGGAGCCUGUGGAGUUGUUUUCUUCCAACACAGGCACGAUUUGUGGUCUCAAAUCAGCAACACAAAUCUUCGAAAACGUGCUUCGUCAAUAUGGGGAGGGGGGAUUUUUCCUUGCAAUAAGCGACGGCGAAAGCAGUAGAAAUGAUGGCAUGAAAGUCACCACAACGAAUGGACCCGCAGCGGGAAACGAAACGAAGAUGAAACUCACGACCCGGAGUGCGAAGCAGGCGAGAAGCGCCGGCCGGGCAGCAGGAGUAGUUGUUUCAUCCGCGAAUUAUAUUCCAGUCGUGAAGGAGAUUGAGAUUCUAUCCAGGAAAAAAACUGUGUUAGUGUAACUAUCUUCGGCUGACAGCAUCACAAAUUUGCUCUACAUCACUGAGUAAACCUGUCACGCGUGGCUUGUAAGGGAAAACACACACGAGAAGACGACUUCAUGGCUGUCUGGCAUGACAGGCGUAACUCUGUUGCAUGUUUUGCAUUACAGAGCUACACUUACACAGUUUUUUUCUUGCAUAGAUUCCGUCCGACCGUUCGGCCAGCAGCCUGGAUAGCAGUUCGCCGAGCAGCAGUAAGAGCAAGAGCUCGGAAAUGAGGGAGCGGGGGCCGCGGGUCGUGCAGAGUCAAAGAGGCACGACAACUGGUGGGGGCAAGAAAAACGCUUUGGACAACCACAAACCGGUAUCGAGCACCGUGGCUGCAGUGAACAAAAAAACGAAAAAUACUGCUUCUGAGCCCCUCGUAGAGACGAAUAAAGCGAGUAACAACAGAUCAGGAGCUAACAUCAAAACCUCGACACAUCAGCAGGACAAGGAACAUCAACACCAAGGGCGGGGCCACAAUAAAGCUCUCAACACCACAACCACGUCCACCAAAAAUGGCCCGACGACCUCCGGAACUGCACAGAAACAGCAGAGUCGAGCGGACAGUCGGUCGAAAAAUUUCGAGCAGAGAACUACUACGACCCGGGGAGGGAACAAGACCCGCACCACCGCCCGCGAGGAGCCCGUGACGCGGAAGCAGGUGAACUCCCGAGGACCGGGGGCGGAGCAGAGGGGCAACAAGCGGAAACCCAGUCCGCAGAGCUACGAGGAGUCGGACCUUUCGUCCUCCGCGAGUGAGCGAGGGCGCGCGACCACGAGGAACGGGAACUACAACAAACAGGCACCAAGAACCAGGGCAGUGGAGCAAAAGGAAAAGAGCAGGGGACGGGGGGAAAGAGGACAAGACAGAGGGCAAGACAGAGACCACCUGAAAGAAGCCUCGCCUCCGGCACGAGGAAGUGGGGGCACGACUAGGGACAGAAACAACAACCACGACAGUGGUACGAAUAAGUAUGCAGGCGCAAAGAAUUCAGCUGCCGGAGCAAAGAAUUCAGCAGCGACGACGACGAGGACAGGCGCGACCGGGGACCGGGACAGGAACAAAACUGAGAACAACAGAACGGCCGAGCCACAGCGGUCCGCCCGCGGGACUGCCGGACGGGACCGAGAAAUAAAUGCAGGGAAGUCUGAGAGGGAGAUCCGCACACGAGAGGGCGGUGCGCGGGGAGGGAACGCGCGGGAAGACCGGACCAGUGCCCGCGAAGAAAAUGCGAGGAAUAUUACGGGCAGGACGGCGAAAGAGGUAAAUGUGAAAAUCUUAUUUCAGUCGUGCCUGUUGUAGCCCUGGCCGCUUUCCUUGUCACCGCGUGGCUUCGCAGAGACCUAAACCGUGCUAUUCCUUGUCCCACAUUGAGCUUGCCUCCACUGCUAAAACGGGUGGUGUUGCGUCGCUCGAAAAGCCUGGCUCUAAAUGCAUUCCAGCGCAGACAGUUAACAUUCAGGAAACCAACGACAGGACGAGGGCGAGCAUUUCAAGCUCGCCUGACAAAUUAUGUUUUGUCUAAGGAGCUUGCACUACAUUGUUUUUUCUCAAAGGAAGAGUGCAAAGUGAAAUGCUGUCAUUAUCGAUCCAAACACUCCCAGGCCCCCUCUACCGCACCCCCAGCGCAGAAACGACCAGCGACCACCAAAACGGGGUCUAACAAUGCACCGCCGCAGAAAAAACCUCGGCAGCAACUGUCGUCCACAGAGAGGGGCAAAACCGCGAAGAGACGACGCCAACAGCAGCAGGCGUCGAGCAGCUCCUCCAGUCAAUCCUCCGAUAGCGGGAGCUCGAGCUCAAGCGACAGUGGGUCCUCUGGGUGAAGAUGGGGACAUGACGAUUUUCGUGUUUGGACUAAAAGAUUGCGUGAUCAUGUUUUCGAAAAGUUGUCUGCGGAUGCAGUGGUUCGUAGUAUCCAUGAUUUCUGCCUCUGGAAGAAUGAAAUACAUCAUCCGUGCAGGUAAAGUGUUCUCGGAUUGUUGGUAUGCCUAUGCUCGAAAAAAAAGUGGUUCUUCCGAAACGAUAGCCUUGUACUGUUUUGGAUGUAUCUGUCUCUGUGCCCGAGGGACAGUUUUUUUGCCCUCCGGUAAGAAAGUAUGUUUUCGGAUGAAAGCGACACUGACC